AUGGCCCAUGCUUUGUGCCACCUGCUGUCCCUGCACCCGCUCGCCCAGGCCACCUCGGCCAUGCUAUCCAGGCUGGGGCUGCUCCUGGAGAAGCUGGAUCCUGUGCGGCAACGCCUGGAGGAGGUGGCGGCCGACAAAGCUCAGAUCCAGGGCCGGCUGGAGCAGCUGGAGGGUCGAGUCCGGCAAGUGUUGCAGGCGAGGCCGGUCGAUAACCAGAGCGCUAAGGACCUGGGAGCGUUGCAGUCCCUGAUGGAUGCACAGAACUUGCGAAUCGAGGAGCUCUUGCAGAAGAUCAAGCAGCAGCAGUACAAGCUGGACAAGCAGAAUCUGCAAAUUAAAAGCCUGCAGAGCAAGGUCAAUCUACUGAUCCCCUUACACCUGAAGGACAACAAAACGCAGUCGCCGAAGUGGAAGAUAAACCUGAAGAAAAGCCUCAGCCUCACCAACCAGAGUCAGAACACUAGCGGGGAGCCCAUGCUGACACAGAAGCUUCCAGAGGAUUGCCACCAGCUCUUCCUGGCUGGGCAGCAAAGCAGCGGUGUUUUCCAGGUGCAGCCUGCAGGGUCUCAGCCCUUCAAAGUCUACUGCGACAUGACUGCAGAAGGUGGCUGGACAGUGAUCCAGAGGCGCACAGACGGCUCUGUGGACUUUGACCAGCUUUGGGAUGCCUACAAGAAUGGCUUUGGAGACCUUCACGGUGACUUCUGGCUGGGCCUGGAGAAGAUACAUCACCUUGUCCAAGAGGGAAGAUACAAUCUCCUGAUUGAGCUGGAAGACUGGGAGGGAAAUUCCCAGGUGGUUCAGUUUGUCUUCAGCCUUGGUGGUGAGAGCACAGCCUACAUGCUCAACCUGCUGGGACCUCUGUCUGGAGAGCUGGAAAAUGCCAUCGGGGACUUCAGGCAGCUGCCUUUCUCCACUCGGGAUCGUGACCACGACCUCAAAGCUGACACAAACUGUGCCAAACACCUCUCAGGUGGCUGGUGGUUCAGCACCUGUGGCCAUGCCAACCUCAACGGGAAGUACUUCCGAUCCAUCCCCCGCCAGCGGCACGAGCGCAAGCAGGGCAUCUUCUGGAAGACAUGGAAAGGCAGGUAUUACCCACUGAAGUCAACCACCAUGAAAAUCCAACCCGCAGCACUGGAAGCAGAGCCCUAAAGCUGCCACUUGAGACUUGACCUUCUCUGCGGAGCACAGACCUGAGCUCCAUCACUUGGUGUUUACAGAAAACAAACCUACCCUCCCCAGGAAGUCCCCCAAGGAGCGUUUCUCUUGGUUAGCAGCCCUUUAGUGGCAUGACACAGCUCCUCACCAUAAGUAAAACAGCU